CUACAAAUUUAACAAAUUAGGGCAAUAUUUGUGAGAAAAGUUAACUGAAAAAUAAAUAGGUGUUUUUAAAAAAAAGUAAUAGAACCAAAGUGUGUAAGAGCUGGAGCAUACGGGACUGAAAAGGUGGCAAUAACAAAAAGCCCGCACUAUGGUCAAAACAACAAAAAAGCGAACAAAAAAUACAGUCUCAGCAAGGGCUCGAUCGGCCGAGAAAGAAAAUGAUGAGGAGCGGGCCUCGGUGGUGGCGCGUUCCGUGGGCCAAGGACCCAUGUAUACGAUUUUAUCAAAUGCACAACUCAACGAGACUUUCCACAAACGCUAUAUUAAGGAAAUGAAGAAACUGUACUCACAGUUGGACCACGAUGCCUUUGUGUUCACAUUCAUAAAAAUGUUGAAGACCGUCCUGGAAGCCGAGGAUCACAACGAGUAUGGCAACACGGCACUCUCAUUUUGUGCCAAAUUUGUCACAUCCUUUGAGUCGGAAAAGACACAUCCAAUGCUUGCAGCAACAUUCAAUUGGCUGCUUUCGACAAAAUCGAACGUCCCGCACAUACGGUAUCGAAUUUGCUUCUUUGUCAAUCUCAUUUUAAAAGAACUUGGACCGUGUGCGGCACUAGACGACACACAAUGCGACCAAAUCCUCAACUAUAUGCUCGACCGGUUAACUGAUAUUGCUGCCAGUGUGCGGAAACAGGCCGUGCUGGCUAUGCAGCGUCUUCAAAUGCCAGAAAACCCAGACGAUCUCGUGCUGCGUGCCUAUCAGUACCAUCUAAGUUCCGACCCCUCGUCCAGUGUGCGGCAGUGCGUCAUCACGUGCAUGGGGCGGAAUUAUUUGACGGUGCCGUAUAUUUUAGAGCGCCUGUGGGACGUUGAUGAGAAAGUGCGUCGCCACACUUACCUAAACAUGUGCAACUAUCCCGUGCGGUCCUACAAAGUAUCACAACGUCUGACGUUGAUGGAACAGGGCCUGAACGACAACUCCGAGAGCGUGCGCAAGGCAGUUGUCAACUAUAUGAUAAAGCAAUGGAUCGAAUCAUAUCAGCGCAAUUUUGUUGCGCUUACAGCAGCGUUGAAAUUGGACUCCAAUGAGGAGGAAUUGCUUCGGUAUAAGCGCGUCGCCGGCCAAAUGCUGGAGGUCAUAUUUGAGCAGACAGAUAACGCCGAACUGUUGGCCCAGCUACCACUGAGCGAAGAUUGCGAGCUGCAUCGUUGCGUACCGCAUGAGGAGCUAACGGUCGAAUUGGUUCUCUACUGGCAAUGUCUCAGUGGUUACUUACAGCGGACGCAUGCUGAUGAGUGUGACCAAGUGCUUCCCGAAUUAAGCGUCUUCUGUGCCUACGUUGAAAAAUUUUGUCACUUCCAAAAACCAGACAUGGACAAGUUCGCGCAAGUUGAAUUUCAAUGCAUGUUGUUGUCGUUGGUAGAAAUUCUGCAUUCUUACGAUCUGGGCGAUGAAAUCGGCCGCAAUAACUUAAAGCUGCUCAUCAAACAACUGCUAAAAGAUUGCCUACUUGAUCACAAGAUUGUCAGUGUACUAGUACGAUCUAUGGAGCAGCUGAUUACCGAUGUGAACGAAAGAAUGCAAUGCUUUCUCGAGAUCAUCUACGAAAUUUGUGAACUAAAUUCGAAACAGAACGAUUUGGUCCACGAUCGUAAUUUGAUGAAUAAGUUGCUGGACGACUUGGAUACCACCUUGAAAAUGAAGGUUUCAUCGCUGAAGCUUAAGAUUCUCGAACUUGAGGAGCAGGAAGAGGUAUUUGUGCGUCAAAAGGAGUAUAUCCGAGCGCAGGCUGUGAAUGAUGAAAAAGUUUCCGUAACAGAGGAGUAUACGGAACUAAUCAGGCCGCUUCUCGAGAAGCAUGGCAUUGUGGAGCUGACGGUUGUGCCAAAGCUUUCAAAGAAAGAACGCAUUAUAAAGAGCCUGUAUAUGGCGCACUAUCUAGUUGCUUCGGUGCACGUGAAAUCCCUAAGUCCCAGUUUGUGCAAGCUAUAUAAGGAUCUAAUUUGUCGCCAAAUGGCUUCCACGGAAACAGAAAUUUUCGAAUGGGCCAUUAAAUGCGGCACUACAUUCAGCAUGCUAUAUGAAUCCUACGCCAAGGAGGUAUUCGAGGUCCUUAUCGAUCAAUUUUACAAAGAUAAUAACUUGGAACUAUGGGAAACUUCGGCCACCUGUAUUUUCAUGCUUAUGGAUCACUAUGGCGUUGAGAAUUUUAUUGACAUCAAUCAAAUUGGACAACCACUUAAAACCAAGCGUCGUCAGCUAUACACAAUGCAAGACUUUUUUGAUGGUGAGGAGGAUAAAUCGCAGCAGAGCUCCGAGCAGAAUACAGACAUUAUUGGCAUGAUGGGCCAUUUUGUGGAAAGAGUGGUAGACAAGGGCAUUGGACUUGCCAUGGUUAAGGGCCUCUGUCGCCUGGUAUUGCGUCGUCAAUUGGACGAUCGUGCCGAUGUUCACGAGAAGCUCCUAAAGCGAUACUUCAAUCCAAAUACUGAGCCGAUUAUUAGUCAAGCACUAGGUGAAUUUUUCCAGCAAAUUAUGGCUGGAAGAAUGCAACACAUAUUACAACCUUGUCUUCUCCCCACGGUGUGGUCCAUCUUCAACUGUAGCUUUGAUUCCCCCCUGCACGAUGUUUUACCUGAAAACGUGACGAAAUUUAUAAUCGAUCUGACCCACCAGGAAGUGAGCACUCCAAUAAACAAUAUACACAACAAAAUCGCCCUUAGCUUCUUGGAUUACAUUCACAAAUAUUUUACGGAACGCAAAGAAAUGUGUCGUCUCUUGGCCAAGGAGCUGACCAAUCUACAAUUAAAUGUGCGUCUAAAUGCAGAAAUAAAGGCCGAAUUACAAGAGAUGGCAGACAAGCUAAUACAGAGUGAACUCGAGCCACGAAUGAUACGCAACAUUGUAAACUUCAAAGGCAUGUUGGAUGGCAAUUUCAAUCCGCCCUUUAUUCGGCAAGACGGCAAUGAAAGUGAUGAUGAGUGCGACAGUGUCACGGUGACCACUACAUCAGAAAACACUCAAGCGCCGGUAACUGAAAGCGAAGAAAUUACUCCAGCAGCAAUUCCACAAGAUAAUAUUGAGCGGCCGCCUGAAGACACGAAUCAAGUUGCAACGACCACAAGUACAACAGAGAGCGACCCACCAACAGCAGAGCAAGUGCUUACCACAUUUGGGCAGGAUAAUCAAGUAGGAAUCCGCUUUCUGCGUAGAUCGCUGCACAAAUCUAUCAGUCAUUCGGACGCGGAAAGCGUUGCUGGUAGUGACAGAACACGCAAAUCAAAGACACCCGCGCGCAAACCUACCCAAGACGAAGAAAACAAAGCCAGUGAAAUAAGCAAACGAAAUUUACGCAGACCGCAAACGCAGCGGCGUUUAGAACAUGCAAUGGCGCGCGCCUCUAAAACGCCAGAAAAGGCGCCUAGUCCGAGAGUUGACAAUUCGAGCUCCAGUUCUUCCACGGAUACGGAUACGGACACAUCGGAGGUUAUAGCCGCAUCACCAACAUCGGAAUCACCAAAUGUCGUAGGAAAUGCAAGUCGUCUGCGUCUGCAGCGAUCGAUGCGCAAUAGAAAUACCAGCCAACACCCAAUGGCCGCCAGCAAAUGCAAAGUUCUACAUCUUGAAAAGCACACGCCAUUGCGCAAUGGACGCAAACGUUUAUUACGCAAAUCCCCGCCGCACUCCAAGACGCAGUCCUCAGACAGCGCAACGUCUCCAAACCGGAUAACACCGCGACGCAAAUUGCAACGCAUCGAGACAGUCGUCAAGCAGCACCAGGUGCCUAAAAUACAGAGCAGCAUUGUUGCCACAAAUUCAACAAUAGCAACAGCCAGUCCGACGGAUAGCACAUCAUCCGUCAAGGAAAAUAAGGCGCCUACAAGAGCCACUAUCGCCGCAGUAAGCUCACCCAAGCCCAGUGAACCCACGAGGCGAAUGACGUCGAGAUCAAUGCAUGCACCAAGCACCACCGGCACACCCAUCACUGUCGUAAUCACACGGAAUUCGGCGCGAAACCUGCGCAUAAAUUCCAUGUGUAUGACACGCAAGCGCAUGUCCCAGGAGCUGAAUGUUAGUGGUGGUCAGUUAAAGGUAUCAACGCCAAAAAGAGUGCAGCGAUCGUCGAGGGCCGAAUUAGCAGCAUCAAACAAAAGGAUGAGCACCAACAGAAGGAGCAACAGCACCACAAAAGCAAGUGAGGCCAACAGUAGUAGUGCGGGAGAAAACAAAGGUGCAUCCACAUCCAGCAGGUCGACACGCACGAGGGCACUCGGAGCAGCAACAGUAGCACCCAAAACACGCGCGCGACGGAAAUAGCGACUAUUCUCAACCUGACCAACGCCAGUCUAUUCUCAAAUUAUUCAAAUAACAUUAAUUAUACGCCUCGAUUGUUAUUAAUUUUUGAGUGUUGUGUGCUUAGGUCUGAACUAUUUGCCCAUGUGCUGGUAUGGCACAUUGUAUAUUUCAUUUCAUAGUAUAUGUAUAUGUGUUUAUUUGUAAGUUUAAAUAUUUUUUAUAUAGCAAACAUCUCAAUAAUUCGAUCAGAACAAACAGUACGUUAUAGACAUUUAGGCCCCACUAUCUUAGCUAGUAAAUUUUGCAUGUUAUAUGUAUUUUGAAAAAAUAUAUAGUCUCCAAACGCUA